AAAGUCGACGAAACGGGAUUCAACCUAGUGCAAGUAUAUGAGGAUUUAACGAAGAUUAUUGAAUCACGUAUGCUGGAUGGAGCAUCCAGUGAUGAAGAAGGAUUUGAACAUGACGAUAGGUGGCGGACGCUUUACUUGGAAGUGUGUGCGGAGCUGGAGAAAUUACGGAACAUGUUGCUCAUCCAGCACAACAUCAACGAGCAACAUCUGCAAGAGGUCCGCAUCCUGCUUCUUAUGUUUAUUUCGCUUGCCCUGUUCUGCGUGCGUUUCCAAAAUAUGGAUUUUAUUCGUUUUGAGGAGUGACGCUUUUUGGCGGCCGGAGCGGCUGUGA